AUGGAGACGCAACAGAGCAAUAAAGCCCAUAGAGGUGGCACCACCAGACAGGGGGCCAAGAAAAAGCUCCACUCACAAGGCCACAAUGCGAAGGCGUUUGCGGUCGCUGCUCCUCGCAAGCUCGAGAGAAUGGCAAAGAGGACCUCAGAGAUGAACGAGAAGAAACUGCAUGUUCCCAUGGUGGACAGGACACCAGAUGAUGAUCCUCCACCAGUUAUCAUUGCUGUUGUUGGUCCACCCGGAACAGGUAAGUCCACACUGAUCAAGUCUCUGGUGAGACGUUUGACCAAGACUACGCUAUCAGAGAUCAAAGGUCCGGUCACGGUUGUCAGUGGUAAAAGGAGAAGGCUGACGUUCAUCGAGGUUAGCAAUGACUUGAACUCAAUGAUUGACAUAGCCAAGAUUGCGGAUCUUGUUCUUAUGCUCAUGGAUGGAAAUUUUGGUUUUGAAAUGGAGACCAUGGAGUUUCUAAAUAUUCUACAGCAUCACGGUAUGCCCCGUGUGCUAGGAGUUACCACACAUCUUGAUCUUUUCAAGUCUCAAUCCACGUUGAGAGCUUCCAAGAAGAGACUUAAGCAGAGAUUUUGGACCGAGGUCUACGCAGGUGCCAAACUCUUCUAUCUAUCUGGAGUCAUUAACGGUAGAUAUCCUGACAGAGAGAUACUUAACCUGACGAGGUUCAUUUCAGUCAUGAAGUUCAGGCCUCUCAAAUGGAGAAACGAGCAUCCUUAUAUGCUUGCGGACAGAGUUGUUGAUCUGACACAUCCACUCCUGAUUGAACAGAACCCCAAGGUCGACAGAAAGAUCGCCAUUUACGGAUAUCUCCAUGGAACACCUCUCUCAGCCAACUCCAAAGUCCACAUUGCUGGUGUUGGUGAUUAUGAAAUAGCUGCUGUUGAGAAGCUUCCAGAUCCAUGUCCUACUCCAUACUUCGAACAGAGACUCGAAGAGAUCGAAAGAGAGGCUGAGAAGACUGCUGCUGCUAACGGUGAAAUUGCACCUUCAAGACGUGGUCGCAGAAAGAGACUUGAGGAUAAACAAAAGAUUAUUUAUGCACCAAUGUCUGAUGCUCAUGGUCUUUUGAUUGACAAGGAUGCUGUUUAUAUCGACAUUGGAGACAAAGAAUCUUUCAAAGUCGAUGGUGAGCCUCUGGGUCUGGGUGAGAAAAUGGUCACUGAUCUCCAAGUUGCUGCCCAAUCAAUGGAAGAGAAUCUUGUCUCAAGCUCUGGUCUCCAGUUGUUCAGUAGCUCCAAAGCUUUGAAUGAUGUGGAGUCUGAAGAAGAGGAAGACGAAGAAGAAGAAGAAGAUAAUGGAGAUCGUGGUCGGACUUCGCUGAGACAUGCAAAAGUUCACGAGGAUGUCCACAGCAAAAUUACAGAUCUUGGCGAUGACGAUGAAGAUGAAGAUGGUGAGGAUGGGUUUGACGAAGAAGAAAGUGGCUAUGAGAAACGUAAGGUCAUUGAUUUCAACUUCAAUGAUAACUACAACAUCGGAGAUGAAGAACUGCAGUAUGCAUCUGAAUCGGAGAUCGGCGAUGCAGACGAUUUUGGUGAGACUAAAUGGCAGAGUAUUGGUGCAAAGCUCACCAAGAACACGGCAAAGAAAGUCUGGGACAUCAACAAGUUAAUCUACCUCAACAAUAUUGAUCCUGCUGAUGUGAUCAAGAGGUGGAGACAGGAGGAGGAGGAUUCUGAGUCUGAAGACAUUGAAGAUAUUGAAGAGGAUUUCUUCCAGAAGAAGGAUGAUCACAAAGUUCAGGCUGAGACUGAGAGGAAACAUGAUUUGGAAACUCUGGACAAGUUACAGGAAAAAUGGUCAACGGAUCAUAUCAAGUCUAUUAGAUCCCGUUUCAUGAAGACUCCAAGACAAAGAUUGGAGGAUGAGGCCGAAGAGGACGAUGAUGGAAAUGUUUAUGGCGACUUUGAGGAUUUGGAAGAUGAAACUGAGUCUGCGACUGAGAAUGGAACUAACACAGAUUCUGAAAACGGCUCUGAUGCUAGUGGAAAUGAAGAUGAAGAUGAGAACGAAUCUGGGGAUGACUUUGCCGAUUUUGACGAAGAAGAAGGUUCCAAGCCUCCCAAAGAAGAUGACUACACUGUUGAAGAGCUACGCGAGUUGAAUGCCAAAAAGAAGGAAAAGCUGAGACAGCAAUUUGAAGAAGAGGAAGGUGGAUUGGGUAAGCAAGAUCCAGAAGGUGAAGAAGAUACUUGGUAUGAGCUUCAAAAGGCUAAGAUGGCCAAGCAAAACGAGAUCAAUAAGGCUGAGUAUGAUGGUUUAGACGAGAAAGAACGUACCAGAAUUGAAGGUUUCAGGUCCGGUUCAUAUGUCAGAAUCACCUUCUCGAAACUGCCCAUGGAGUUCAUGGAAAACUUUGAUCCACACUUCCCCAUUGUGAUUGGUGGUUUGCUUCAAACAGAGGAGCGUUUUGGAUUCUUGAACGUGAGGAUACGCAGACACAGAUGGCAUAAGAAGAUCCUCAAGUCCAACGAUCCUUUGGUUCUUUCUCUGGGCUGGAGGAGAUUCCAGACCCUUCCAGUAUACACCACUACGGACUCUCGUACGAGAAACAGAAUGCUGAAAUACACUCCAGAACACGCUUAUUGUUUUGCGUCCUUCUAUGGCCCUCUUGUUGCUCCAAAUACGACUUUCUGUGCUGUUCAGAACGUGGCUAACAGUCAAACUACCAACGGCUUCAGAAUAGCUGCCACAGGUAUUGUUGAAGAUCUCGAUGCAAACGCAGAGAUUGUCAAGAAGCUCAAAUUGGUCGGACAUCCGUACAAGGUAUUUAGAAACACAGCCUUCAUCAAGGACAUGUUCAAUUCUGCAUUAGAAGUUGCUAAGUUCGAAGGUGCUUCUAUCAAAACCGUUUCAGGGAUUAGGGGAGAGAUCAAACGUGCUCUGUCCAAGCCAGAAGGUCAUUUCCGUGCAACCUUUGAGGACAAGAUCUUGAUGUCCGAUGUGAUCAUCAUGAGGACGUGGUACCCUGUCCAGGUGAGAAAGUUUUACAAUCCAGUCACCUCUCUGUUGAUGGAGGCCAAGACUGAAUGGAAGGGUAUGAGACUCACGGGCCAGAUCCGUGCAGAGAACAACGUUUCCACUCCAAUGAACCCGGACAGUGCCUACAAGAAGAUCGAAAGAGUUGAGAGAAGGUUCAACGCCCUCAGAGUGCCCAAGUCUAUCCAGUCAGAACUGCCAUUCAAGUCCCAGAUCUCAGCCAUGAAGCCUCAGAAUAAGAAGACUUAUAUGCAGAAGAGAGCAGUCAUACUGAAUGGAGAAGAGAAGGAUGCCAGAAGAGUCAUCCAGACAAUUUCCACGAUCAAGAAUGCCAAAGAAAAGAAGAACCGCGAGAAGAAGCACGAAAAGAACCAGGAGAGGAUCAAGAAGAUAUCGAAGCAAAAUGAAUUCAGGCAGGAGAAGGAACGUGAACGCAAGAAGGAAUAUUUUGCAAAGCAAGGUCAGAAGAGAGGCAUGGGUGCUAGUGCCUCUAAUGGUGAUGCAUUUGGUUCAGCCAAAAAGAGAAGAUCAUGA